AUAUUUAAUGAAUUAUAUUUAUAGAUAAUUAAAUAUAAAUUAAACAAGCAAAAAUACAUAUUUAUACACACACAUAAAUGUUAAAAUAAUGUACGAGUUAUUAACUUAUGUUUUUGGUGACGCGAUUAAUCAUGCGUCGUACUUGUGGGCUGAUGCUAGCCCAAUCUUCCGAUUACAGUGAACGCCGCCGCUCUCCUUACUUUCAUUAUACGCUAGAUUCUAAACGAAUCAAAAUAAUCGAUCCACUUAAACGGGUAGUUCCGGAGAAUCGAGUCAGCAAAGUGAAAUACUCAUCACUAACCGUAGCUAAUCAGUACUCUUAUCUGUUAAUAAACGCUAAGGUGAGCUCUGUUAUUAUUGCGACCGCUGCAGUGACUUUGCGCAUGCGGGAUGUACAUCGGGGAGUGGUUGCGGAUCGGGUAGUGAGAGGCUUGGCCCAGAACAGGCGGAAAUUACGUAAAGAAGUGGUCACGUGUCUGCGUAUGUAGCCAAUCAGAGUUAUGUGCAAAUAAUUCGAAAUACUAACGUAACCACACUUAGUGGUGUAAUAAUAUGAAAAGGAAUAUUUGAACGUGUUAUUAUUUUAUCUUAAUAUUUGUAAAUCUUAAGAUGGUAAGUGGUGGAUGUUUUUGAAACUUUUUGACGAGAAAUAUCAUUCUGGAUAUGUAACCGAGGAAGACGGCGAAAAGAUUACACAGACUGCGCAUAAUGGCUGCGUUCUUACUCGAGUGAAGUUGGAAUCUCCCGUUGGUUGAAGGUGGCAAAGAGAGCUUCUUAUUUGUAUAAAUUGCUUGUCUUGAUUGUUGCUUAUUUCACCUGCCAUGGUAAGAGAGCGAGUGCUGAAGAGGUCAUUUAAGGAAAGCCUUGAAGAAAUGAAGGAAAAGAUGAAGGAAAAAAGAAAUAAAAGGCUGGCCAAGGCUGGCACGUCCAGCAAAGCUUUAUCCUCAAAAAUUACAAGCAAGAUCAUCAGUAAUGCAUCUUUCAUUGUUAAAAGCCUUCAGAGUAACAAUAAGGCAUUAGCACUGGCUCUUCAAGAAGAAAAAGAAAAGAUGCGACAAGCUAAUGAAAUAAUUUUGACAAUGAAAAAAGAACGUCAGGCUUUAAUGUUUCACAUAAUUGUACUUACAAGACAGCUAAAGCAGGAGCGCUCAGAAAAGACUUUAUCUGAGACUACUUCUUCAGAGAAUCUACAAGUUAGAUAUAAUACUGUUAGUCCUCAUUCUUCUGCUGCAAGCACAACUGUUUAUCCUGACGGACUUCGGCAUACUUCAUCUCCCAUUGUUAAUCAAGAAAGAGACAGCUGGAAAGGUAAAGAUCUUGCAUUGCCCAAAACUGUCACAUACAGACGUCGAGGUCUUGAACACAGACAAGAUGUGCUGCACAGUCAAGAAAUAAAUAAAACAUCUGUAGAUGAACUUUGUUUGGAAACCUUUCACCAACAGAAUGAUUCUGAAAAUAGCUCCUUGGAUGUUGGAGGGAUUAUUAAUAAAGCAGAGGUCUUAACAUCUGACAGUAAUCGGGCAGAAGCUGGAUCUUCAGUCAUAGAGUUUGACUGGCAGACGUUAUCACCACAGACAGCUCCCAUACAAGUAAAACCUCCUACACCAGAGCAAGCAAGUAAAAGAACUUUACCCAAGACAAAAGAAGAUUCUCAAGUUAAGACUGAAAGAAACAGAAAAGAAAAAUAUGACAGAAGUACUUUGAAAAGGCCUUGGGAUAACAAACAAACUAGAUCAAGAUCAAAGAGCAGAGAGAGAACCAGAAGUGCUCAGAAGAAUUGUCCACUGGAUAUCAUAAACACUUCUUUAGGCUCAAAUGAUGCCUAUGACUUUAAUUGUGAGGAGUGUAUUCAUGUUACCCCUUUUCGUUCCAAUAAUAAACAGACAGAAUCUGAUGAACACAUUGAAAACCAUGCAGCUGUUAACUGCGCCUCUGUAAGCAGUCCAUCAGGAAAACUUGAUGAUAUCUCAUAUGCCCCAAAUAGAAAAGAGAAAAAGUCAAAAUAUGUUACUAUCCAAAGUAAAGAAUGCAUGGGUAGUCCUCCAAGGAGAGGUAGAUCAAAGAGAAAAUCUUACACAUGUGCAGAAGAAAAUACAAAUACAGAAUUACCUAUUUUUGAACCAGAAAAUGAAAAGGAUAAGCUUUUUGGUACAUCAUGUAGGGUUGGAUCUAAACCCUACAGUGGAAUUGACAUUUUCAUUGAAGAAGUGAAUGAGGAUGUAGUGAGCAUAUAUGAAAAAUCUUUAAUACAAGCCUCAGAACAUGUUAUACCUCAGAUAGAAUCAGAAGUGGCAGUCACUCCUGUUAAGUUGAUGAAUGAAACACUAGAGAGCUGGAAAAGUGAAAGAGAUGCUGAAAACACUGUUUGUUCUGAAAUGCCUCGAACAGGACUCUCUGACGUUACUAAUGUUCCGUCGGUAUCAUGUGAAAGAGGUUAUAGAUUUUCCAGCAUACCAUUGAAGAGCAAAGUGUCAACACCUGUACGCAAGCGCAGGUGCACCAUUACUGUGAAUUACAAAGAGCCAACCUUAAAUGCGAAGCUGCGAAGGGGAGACAAGUUUACUGAUACUGAAUUUUUACAUUCGCCCAUUUUUAAACAGUCUAAAAGAGUUUCAAUGAAGACAAAGAAGCUGGAGCAGUACAAUGAGUCUUUUGUUGGUUGUAGAUAAUAUUUUAGGUCAGUAGUGUGUUACAUAUUUUCUAUGUCUAAUCAAGAAGUCAAAAUGAAUUGUUCUGUGCUGUUUGCCAAUAUUCUUGUGUGAAAGUUUUAAAGUUUAUCUUGCUUAUGUAUCAUAUUACUAAUGUUCUGUUGUCCAGAUUUUUAAACUUCAGAUUGAUCCUUCGUAUAUUCAAUGGCAGUUCAUUUUCCUUAUUAAAUAUCCCUUAAUAUUUAAAGCAAAUGCAAUAAAAAAGCAAUUUGCAAUGAAUUUAAUGUUUAGAUUUUACUUUGAUUCUAGCAUGAUUGUCAUUCAUUAAUGUUUUCAGAUUUUUCUCCCUGUUUUUACCACUUACUUUUUCUUAUAAAAUUAUUGUAUCAAUAAAGCUGCAUAUUUUAAAUAUCUGUGUCAAAUUGCAAUUGGCUGGUUCCACAUUUCAUUGAAAUCUGUGUUUUUUGUGAAAAAGUUAUUACAGGCGGUGUUUAGGAUAAGGACAGUUAAGACUUGAACUUUCCCAGCAUUCUGUUGUGCAGUCAGUGUUCAACUUUCACACACUAAUUACAUUUUGCUCAUGUUACGCAAGUACUUUUAAAAUAUAUCAAUUAGUAAGGGAUCAGCCAUGUAGUUAGUGCUCUUGUACAUGGACCAUAUGGAACUUUAACUUGUCCAACAGAAAACUUAACAUACAGUAGAGGCAGUGUUUCAGAGUCCUCACUUACUUGCAAUUUGGCAUUAAUUUAACACUCGGUUAUGAAGUAAAGUCAAAUAGUGCACUCUGCCCAUUUCUAAACAGAAGUCAAGUGCUAACAUAGCUGGGUGUUAAUUCAAAUCGUCUGACUACACAGACAUGCAGUAGUAGGGAUGUCACAGAGUGCUUUCACAUGCACUUUACUAACCCAUUCAUUCACAGAA